UGCUCCGUCGGGCGGUGCAGCGGCUGCGACGGAGCCGGCCAUGGUCGUGGGCGGUGGGCGGGUGUUACGCUGAGCCCCGAAGGCAGCAGGAGGCUGAGAGCCGGGCAUGCAGGUGCCGGAGCCGGGCGGGUGCGGCCGCGGGAGCUGCUGAUCGCGCUGCGGGAUCGGGAGCCGGUGGCGGCGCGCAGGGCAGUUUUUCUUCUAAUCGGAAAAGGUCUUCAUGAAUACUUCACUUUUAAACAUAAGUAAUUUCAUACAUUCCUAAAAGACUAAAAUGGGGGCUGUUGUUUUGAGGGCCCCGAGGUUAUGAAUGUGCUUCAGCUCUAUGAUGCCUCCUGCUAUGGCAGACAUCCUGGACAUCUGGGCAGUGGACUCACAGAUCGCUUCCGAUGGCGCCAUAUCUGUGGAUUUCCUUCUGCCCACUGGGAUUUAUAUCCAGUUGGAAGUACCCCGGGAAGCUACCAUUUCUUAUAUUAAACAGAUGUUAUGGAAGCAAGUUCACAAUUACCCAAUGUUUAACCUCCUUAUGGACAUUGACUCCUACAUGUUUGCGUGUGUGAAUCAGACUGCUGUAUAUGAGGAACUUGAAGAUGAAACUCGAAGACUUUGUGAUGUCAGACCUUUUCUUCCAGUUCUAAAACUAGUGACUAGAAGUUGUGACCCAGCAGAAAAAUUGGACUCAAAAAUUGGAGUCCUUAUAGGAAAAGGUCUUCAUGAAUUUGAUGCCUUGAAGGAUCCUGAAGUUAAUGAAUUUAGAAGAAAAAUGCGCAAAUUCAGUGAGGACAAGAUUCAGUCCCUAGUGGGGUUGUCUUGGAUUGACUGGCUAAAGCAUACAUAUCCACCAGAGCAUGAGCCGUCUGUCCUGGAGAACUUGGAAGAUAAACUGUAUGGAGGGAAGCUGAUUGUGGCUGUGCAUUUUGAAAAUAGCCAGGAUGUAUUUAGUUUUCAAGUGUCUCCCAAUUUGACUCCUAUAAAAAUAAAUGAAUUGGCAAUCCAGAAACGCUUGACUAUUCACGGAAAGGAAGAUGAAGUUAGCCCCUAUGACUGUGUAUUACAAGUCAGCGGGAGAGUGGAGUAUGUAUUCGGAGAGCAUCCUCUGAUUCAGUUCCAGUACAUCCGGAACUGUGUAAUGAAUAGGACCCUGCCCCAUUUCAUCCUUGUGGAAUGUUGUAAGAUCAAGAAGAUGUAUGAGCAAGAAAUGAUUGCCAUAGAGGCUGCCAUCAACCGAAACUCAUCCAACCUUCCUCUCCCUUUACCACCAAAGAAAACACGAGUUAUUUCUCAUGUCUGGGACAACAACAACCCUUUCCAGAUUGUCUUGGUGAAAGGAAAUAAGCUUAACACAGAAGAAACGGUGAAAGUUCAUGUCAGAGCUGGUCUUUUUCAUGGAACUGAGCUCCUGUGUAAAACUGUCGUCAGCUCGGAGAUAUCAGGAAAAAAUGAUCAUAUUUGGAAUGAACAGCUGGAAUUUGAUAUUAAUAUUUGUGACUUACCAAGAAUGGCUCGAUUAUGUUUUGCUGUUUACGCUGUUUUGGAUAAAGUAAAAACGAAGAAAUCAACAAAAACUAUUAAUCCCUCUAAAUAUCAGACCAUCAGGAAAGCUGGGAAAGUGCAUUAUCCCGUAGCAUGGGUAAAUACGAUGGUUUUUGACUUCAAAGGACAGCUGAGGUCUGGAGACAUCAUAUUGCACAGCUGGUCUUCGUUCCCUGAUGAGCUGGAAGAAAUGCUGAAUCCCAUGGGCACUGUGCAGACGAACCCAUAUGCUGAAAAUGCAACUGCCUUGCACAUUAAGUUUCCAGAGAAUAAAAAGCAGCCUUAUUAUUACCCUCCCUUCGAUAAGAUCAUUGAGAAGGCAGCUGAGAUUGCCAGCGGUGACAGUGCUAAUGUGUCAAGUCGAGGUGGAAAAAAAUUUCUUGCUGUACUGAAAGAAAUCUUGGACAGAGACCCCCUGUCUCAGCUGUGUGAGAAUGAAAUGGAUCUUAUUUGGACUCUGCGGCAAGACUGCCGAGAGAAUUUCCCACAGUCACUGCCGAAACUACUCCUGUCAAUCAAGUGGAAUAAGCUUGAAGAUGUUGCUCAGCUUCAGGCACUCCUGCAGAUUUGGCCCAAACUGCCGCCCAGGGAAGCCCUGGAGCUCCUGGAUUUCAACUAUCCAGACCAGUAUGUCCGGGAAUAUGCUGUUGGUUGCCUGCGACAAAUGAGUGAUGAAGAACUCUCUCAGUAUCUUUUACAGUUGGUGCAAGUUUUGAAAUAUGAGCCUUUUCUUGAUUGUGCCCUGUCUAGAUUCUUAUUAGAAAGAGCACUUAAUAACCGGAGGAUUGGGCAGUUUCUGUUUUGGCAUCUUAGGUCAGAAGUGCAUAUUCCCGCCGUGUCCGUACAGUUUGGUGUCAUCCUAGAAGCAUACUGUCGAGGAAGUGUAGGGCACAUGAAAGUGCUUUCCAAGCAGGUUGAAGCACUCAAUAAGUUAAAAACUUUAAAUAGCUUAAUCAAAUUGAAUGCAAUGAAACUUAACAGAGCGAAAGGAAAGGAGGCCAUGCACACGUGCUUAAAACAGAAUGCUUACCGGGAGGCCCUUUCUGACCUGCAGUCACCGCUGAACCCAUGUGUCAUCCUCUCAGAGCUCUAUGUUGAAAAGUGCAAAUACAUGGACUCUAAGAUGAAGCCCUUGUGGUUGGUCUAUAACAACAGAGCUUUUGGAGAGGACUCAGUUGGAGUGAUCUUUAAAAACGGUGACGAUUUGCGGCAGGACAUGCUGACGCUGCAGAUGCUACGCCUGAUGGAUCUGCUCUGGAAAGAGGCGGGUUUGGACCUUCGGAUGCUUCCCUAUGGCUGCUUAGCAACAGGAGAUCGCUCUGGCCUCAUUGAGGUGGUGAGCACCUCUGAGACAAUCGCUGAUAUUCAGCUGAACAGUAGCAACGUGGCUGCCACAGCAGCCUUCAACAAAGACGCACUCCUGAACUGGCUUAAGGAGUACAAUUCUGGGGAUGACCUGGACCGAGCAAUUGAGGAGUUCACUCUGUCCUGUGCUGGCUACUGUGUAGCUUCUUAUGUCCUUGGCAUUGGUGACAGGCAUAGUGACAACAUCAUGGUGAAAAAAACUGGCCAGCUCUUCCACAUAGAUUUUGGACAUAUUCUUGGGAAUUUCAAAUCUAAAUUCGGCAUUAAAAGAGAGCGAGUACCUUUUAUUCUUACUUAUGACUUCAUUCAUGUGAUUCAACAAGGAAAAACAGGAAAUACAGAAAAGUUUGGCAGGUUUCGCCAGUGCUGUGAAGACGCCUACCUGAUUUUACGGCGGCAUGGGAACCUCUUCAUCACCCUCUUUGCCCUGAUGCUGACUGCAGGGCUUCCUGAGCUCACAUCAGUCAAAGACAUACAGUAUCUUAAGGACUCUCUUGCCUUAGGAAAGAGUGAAGAAGAAGCACUCAAACAAUUUAAGCAAAAGUUUGACGAGGCGCUCAGGGAAAGCUGGACUACCAAGGUGAACUGGAUGGCUCACACAGUUCGCAGAGACUACAGGUCUUAGCACCGGCCUUGACUCCUAUGGACUUGUCCGUUUGCUUCCUUUCAUUUUGCACUUGCACUAAACUGAACAUGACCCUGCCAGAAAUGCAAAGGGAAUCCUGAAACUCAGAGCGAAAUCAAGAACAAGGUCUCCCACAGAGCCUAAUCUGAACCCCCUGUGAUGCCCACCCUCUGUUUCUCGAAUGCUUCCAAGACUCACCAUGAGUAUUGUCAACAGCAUGGAGGACCCUUUCCUGCUGAUCUUGCACGUGAGGAAUGCUACCAGGGACUGUGUGGGAUUUUUUUUUUUUCCUUCAGUAUUUGGUACUUUACCAGAGAGGUGUAAAUACUUCUUUUCAGUGUUGUGACCAAGUACUGCCACUCAGCCAACAACUUACCAUUACAUUUGGGGGCUGGGAGCUGUUGUGACUGUCCAAACGAGGCUUCAAAGAAAGGUAUCUCCCUUCCUUUUUAAAUUAUGUAAGCUACAAAUUACAUUGAUUAUGUUGAACUUAUUAUUUUUCAAAGGAAAUAUUUUAAAUCUGUGAAAACUCACUAAUUUUGUUAAUAUUUAUCUAUCAUGAUAGCAUCAUUCCAGCCAGACUUGCUGAGAAUCUAUUGGUGGGGCAAAUAUAAUAUAUAUACAUAUGCUGCAUAUAUAUUUAUAAAAUUUCUAGUGGGAGUUCUAUAUAAAAAGAUGUUUCUUUGGUAUUCUUCAGCCUGUGUUUUAAAGUUUUACAAAAGCAGAGCUUUUGCCUAAGUUACUUUGCAAUUAACUGUGGACCCAGCUCUUCCGUCUGCUUCAAUACUAAGGCGUACACGAAUGCAGUUUCUCUAUGUAGCUCUGUGAGUUCAUUUCAUAGAACACAAUACUUGAGCAGACAGAGCCAAGGAAGUGAGCAAAUGAAAAGGAAUCUAUUUAUGGAAUAAACUUCAAACCUAAAUUUCAGUAUUUUAGUAAUAUGCCAGCUGUUCUUACUGUAUUUAUUAAAAUGUAUAAAUAAUGUGAUUUUUUUUCCAAUGGUAUUAGUUCAGAUUGAAGUGGAUUCAUGCCACGUGGAAAUCUUUAAUUUAUUUGUUGAGGUACCAUAUAGUUAGGGUGCUAGGUGACAAGUAAUGUUAACAUGUGCAAUAGGAACUACUGGUUUGGUGUGUAAAUGGAUGCUCCUUCUGAGUAAUGGCGGAGUGCUCGCCUUCGCAGCACACAGCCUCAGUACUGUCAAGGUCCAGCAGAACUACUGCUUCUUCUCCAAAGAGAAUGGGAGCCCUCAAUCCUCAGUGACACAGGAAAGACAACUGAGUGCUUGCCCUGUGACUUCAGUUUUCUAUAGGAAAUUUAUUAAAGAUUGUUUAAUUUUGUUGUCCUUCUUAAUGUUCUCUGUCAAAUAAACGGGUGGUUUCGGCUGUUCGGGGA